AUGAAUAUGUUUUUCGUCAAUAAUAUUGUACCAGAUUCUUUAUCAAAUCUUCAAGAACUUCAUACUCUUAGUAUGACAAAUACACCAAUUAGGAAAAUGACUGAUGAAUUAGGAAGUCUUCGAAAGCUUCAAAGUUUAACUUUAGACAAAUGUUCACUUUCUCAUUUGCCAAAUCUUAGUGAAUUAACUAAUUUAACUACAGUUACUCUUCCAAACAAUCAAUUAUCUAAACUUGAAGGUUUAACAAAACUUUAUUCAUUACAACUUUAUAAGAAUCAAUUCACCGAAAUUCCAACUCUGGCAGUACCUGAAGCACUUCUUCGACUUAAUAUGAACUAUAAUCCAGUAAUGGACAUGUCUUAUACUCUUCUUUUUAAGAAUAUAACAGAAAUCAGAAUCGCUGAAUCAAAAAUUUCGGUUAUUCCUUCGCACAUUUUUCUACUUGAAAAACUCUCGUUUUUGGAUUUAUCUCAUACACAAAUAAUUCGUAUACCAAGAAGCAUCUUGAAUUUACCUUAUCUUCAAUAUUUGGUUGUACAACGCAAUGAAAUUCCACAAGAAGAAGUGGAUUCAUUUAAAAUGGAAUUACUCAAUCAAAAAUCAAAAAUCAAUUUACUCAUCUAA